GCGUGAGUGAGACCCCACCUCGCUGUCCCUCCAGCUCCCCUCCCAGCCCUGCAGCGCUGGGCUUUGUCCUGGGAUCCAGCCCCACCCAGCCUCCUGGGGUUCUCCCUCCGCCCCCAGGUUCUCAGGGAGGCAGGAGGGUCUCCCAGAAGUCCCUGCCAAGGUCAAAACACCCUUCGGGGCCAGGGCGUCCCCAUUUUCCCCGGACAUCUGGGCUCCAGCUUCUCUGAAGACCCAGGGCAGGAAUCUUUCUCCCUGGACACACUUCUUCCUGAAGUCCCCGCAUCGGGAGUUCAAGGUUCCCUCGGGUAGUUUAGCAAUGACCCUGUGAGCUGAGGCCUCAGGUAGUUUUUUCUUUUCCCCUGUGUUUGUUUCUACGCACUCUGGAAGGCUGGAGGAUGAAGCACUUCUCCAGUGUGAUUGUGAUUUUGAUCGUGGCCGUUUCCCACGCGUUAGACCUGGGACUAGUAGCCGGGUCAGGCCGCCGAGAACCUGCACGUCUGUCUCCCGGAGGCCUGGCGUUUGGAAGUGACCGCAUCCGGCCCCAGGGGGAGCCUCCCAUGCGUCCUGGGUCCUCCGAGUUCGUGCCACCAGUGGGGAUUCAGGACAGUAAGGAGCUAAACAAAACCUGCUGUCUGAACGGGGGCACCUGCAUCUUGGGGUCCUUCUGUGCCUGCCCCCCCUCCUUCUAUGGACGCAACUGUGAACGCAACACAUACACGCAGAAGUGUGGCUCUCUGCCCCACGGCUCCUGGCUGCUGCCCCGGAAGUGUUCCAUGUGCAGGUGCUGGCUCGGCCAGAUCCGCUGCUUCCCCCAGACCUUCCUGCCCGGCUGUGACGCCCACAUGAGGGACCAGCACCUGGUGGCUUCCGGGACACGGGAGUCGGCACCACUUGCGGGCCCCGCUGUCCUGCUGCCUGGCAUCUGCCUUUUCCUGCAGACUCGAGUCUAGAUGCCCCGUGAAUUUCAAGGCCACUGCUCCAACCUCGGAACUAAAAGAUGUUCCUGUUAGAUGCUUUGAAAUAAUGCAGUUUUCAUACUGAGCCCUACACUACCUAUAGCACCAGCUACUUCUUCCUGUGCCAUGCUCUCCCCACAAAAGCUACUUGAAAAAAAAGCCA